UAAAAAUGAAAGCUCCCAUUCCUUUUCUGAUCCUGCUUCAUGCUGUUGUGGUCUAUUGCCUGAAAGUGGUGUCGAAGAGAGGCUCAGUGGAAGGCUGCACAGAUUGGUCUGUGGACUACCUGAAAUACAAGGUGCUUUUGGGGGAACCUGUACGGAUUAAGUGUGCUUUAUUCUAUGGAUAUAUCCGAGCCAACUACACCCAUGCGCAAAGCGCAGGACUUAGCCUUAUGUGGUACAAAAGUGCAGGACAUGGGGACUUCGAGGAACCCAUCAGUUUUGACGGCACAAGGAUGAGCAAAGAGGAGGAUGCCAUAUGGUUUCGACCAGCAGAGUUGGACGAUGUGGGGUAUUAUUCCUGUGUAUUAAGGAACUCCACAUACUGCAUGAAAGUGUCCAUGUCUCUGACAGUGGCGGAGAAUGACACGGACCUCUGCUACAACUCCAAAAUGAUUUUUGAGAAGGCAGAACUAAGCAAAAGCAAAGACAUCACCUGUCCUGGCAUUGAGGAUUAUAUACAGCCAGGAGUGGAGCCUGAGAUUGUAUGGUACAAGGAAUGCAAGCCAAAGCAGUGGAGACAGACCGUAGAAAGGAAGAGAGACACUCUGUCCAUCAAGGAAGUACGGGAAGAUGACAUUGGGAAUUACACCUGCGAAUUACAGUUUGGGAACUUUGUGGUACGGAGGACCACUGAGCUGUCCGUCACAGCUCCCCUGACAGACAAGCCGCCAAAAAUCCUUUUCCCUUCAGAGAGCCAAAUGAGCAUCAUGGAGAUGGCAAUAGGAAGUCCAGUUAACCUGACGUGCAGAGCAUUCUUUGGAUACAGCGGAGACGUCAGUCCACUUAUUUACUGGAUGAAAGGGGAGAAGUUCAUCGAGGAUCUCGAUGAGGAGCGGGUUCAGGAGAGCGACAUCAAGACAAUCCGGGAGCACCUGGGGGAGCAGGAGGUUUCCAUCUCUCUGACUAUCGACUCUCUGGAGGAGAAUGACCUAGGCAACUACUCCUGCUAUGUGGAGAACGGCAACGGACGGCGACAGGCCAACAUCCAGCUUACCAAGAAAGCCGAGCUUAUGUACACGGUGGAGCUGGCCGGAGGUCUGGGAGCCAUCCUGAUGCUGUUGAUCUGUCUGGUGACGCUGUACAAGUGCUACAGGAUCGAGCUCAUGCUCUUCUACAGGAAUCACUUUGGCAGUGAGGAUAUAGAUGGAGAUAACAAGGACUACGACGCUUACCUGUCCUACACAAAAGUGGACCCGGACCAGUGGAGCCAGGAGACCCGAGAGGAGGAGCGCUUUGCCCUGGAGAUCCUCCCCGACGUGCUGGAGAAGCAUUAUGGGUAUAAACUCUUCAUUCCAGACAGGGACUUGAUCCCCACAGGAACCUACAUCGAGGAUGUAGCACGCUGUGUGGACCAGAGCAAACGCCUCAUCAUCGUCAUGACGCCCAGCUAUGUAGUGCGGAGGGGGUGGAGUAUCUUUGAGCUGGAGACACGGCUGCGCAACAUGCUGGUGACCGGAGAGAUCAAAGUCAUCCUGAUCGAGUGCGCAGAGCUGCGCGGCAUCAUGAACUACCAGGAAGUGGAGGCCCUCAAACACACCAUCAAGAUGCUGACGGUCAUCAAGUGGCGCGGGCCAUCCAGCAACAAGCUCAACUCCAAGUUCUGGAAGCAGCUGCUCUACGAAAUGCCCUUCAAGCGCAUGGAGCCCCUGAGCAUCUCCCAUGAGCAGGUGCUGGACGUCAGCGAGCAGGGCCCCUUCAGUGAGCUCCAGACCGUCUCGGCCAUCUCCAUGGCGGCGGCUACCUCUACCGCCAUGGCGACGGCACACCCGGACUUGCGCUCGACCUUCCACAACUCUUGCCACACCCAGAUGAGGCAGAAACACUAUUACCGUAGCUACGACUACGACCUGCCGCCCGGCGGCACGCUCCCACCGCUCUCCACGCUUGGCAACCAGCACACCUACUGCAACAUCCCCAUGACGCUCAUCAAUGGACAGCGGCCACAGUCCAAGUCGCUGCGCCAGCAGAGUCUGGAAGAAGCCCACGGCAACAACGCCAUGCUGCCACUGCUGCCCAGAGAGACCAGUAUAUCCAGCGUCAUCUGGUGA